CUAGAGCACACAUGCACUUUGUUUCCCCAAAUACUACAUGUGUCUGUCGAACAUAACACAACUCAAGCUGAAUGGUUGAUCAUCUAAACCUUCCAAAUUAAUAAUUAUGGCCCUGGAAAUGAAGAUUGGGUUUAUUUUCAGCCUAACCUCCAUGUACUUCAUUACUCCCAUCCACCAAGCUCAAGUUUCAAGUGCCACCAUUUCAGACCUUUCCUUCAAAAAUAUGGACUUUGCCAUGAACCUGUACAGGAAAAUAUCCGCUUCUCACGACAGGAACAUAUUUUUCUCACCUCUGAGCAUCUCCACCAGUUUUGCUUCUCUCUUAAUGGCUUCCGAUGGUGUCACACACAAAGAAUUAAUUAAGGGACUGAACCUGCAUCAGCUGCGGAGAGCUGACCAACCAGAACUCAUCCCAAAACUCUUUCACUUCCUCCAUGGUAACAUCACACAGAAUGGGUCACUGAUACUGGACCAAGCCAUGACUCUCUUUAUGGACCAGCACUUUGAAGUAGAGAAAACGUUUGAGGAGCAAAUGAAAAGGUUUUUUGGUGCAGAGAUCAAAACUGUAGACUUCACAAACACACAAGGGAGCAUCAGGCUCAUUAAUGAGCACAUAAAGCGCAAGACUAAAAACAAAGUGACAGAGAUUGUUUCCUCUCUGGAUUCACUCACGAAACUCAUGUUGAUAAAUACUAUUGUCUUCCAGGGGGGCUGGCAGAAGCCUUUCAACUCAAAUUACACUCAAAGAGCAUCUUUCUACAUUGACAACUAUAAUAUCGUCCAAGUACAAAUGAUGGUUAAAGAAAAGGAUGACUUCUAUGUGAUGGAAGAUGUGGCUUUUGGAGUCAGUGUGCUAAAGAUACCGUACCAGGACGGUGUUUCCAUGCUCAUCCUGCUGCCCAGGAAAGGCAUGGACUACACUGGCAUCGACGACGAGAUCACAGCUGAGAGGCUCCUCAGCUGGGUUAAAAGGUUGGAGAAGAAUGAAGUGGAAAUCAACCUGCCCAAAUUCAAGAUGGUGCAGUCAUAUUCCCUGCCCGCUCUUCUGUCAGACAUGGGCAUGGCCAGUGCCUUCAGUACUUCAGCAAAUCUGACGAGGCUGAGUAAGCAAAAAAGCCUCAAAGUGUCAGAGGCUCUGCACAAGGCUGUUAUUGAAGUGGAUGAAGCAGGGACGUCGGCAGCAGCUGUCACAACUAUUGGAAUUACUCCGCAUUCUUUACCCAACACCUUCAUAGUCAACAGGCCAUUUGUCUUCUUUAUAUACCAUGAAAACACCAACUGUGUGCUGUUCAUGGGCAGGGUGAUUGAUCCCACCAAAAACUAGCAGUGCUCCUACACGAGGACACAAUAGUGAGUCUGAGAGAAAAGCCAACAGGUUUUUUCUACCUUGACAAAGUUCCUUUAUUUGUCUCCGAAACGAGAAUUUUUUCUUUGGAUAGAGUGAUAUGCUGCACUACAUAACACAAAUCAUACCACUGUACAUUCAGAAACUCAGUGCAUUCCCUUUAAGCUGGAACGACAGUACACAUUUGUACAUGUUUCUUGUUAGAAAUGGAUAAAAUGUUUGUAAGGCAUGUAAAACAUUUUCAAAAAGCUGUUCCACUUUUUCUC